GUGCUGGAGAAGGCCGGCUGUCAGGAGGGAGCAUGUGCAGUUUGCAACCGCAUCCAUGCUACGGGUUAGAAUCACUGGAACAUUUAAUCUCCAGCAGCCGCCGCCGCCGCCUCGAGCCAUCCAUGGAGGCGAGGAAGACAAUGCGCGGCUGAGCGGAGGAGGAGGGAGAGGCAGGAGCGAGGCAGAGCGUGGCCGCAGCAGCUGCUCUGGAGCGCGCUCUCCCCAUCUUCGCCAGGAUUUGAGAGAUUGACAGGGAUCAGUUGCUGCCACCAGCUACAGGAUGUACUGGACAAGACAUCAGAAGUGAUUGGGAAGGUGUGGGCCCUGGAAUGGGAAAGAGACAGACAUUAAGAGGCAAUUACACAAUAGUUCCGGCUGGGGACUGUGUGGAAGGAUGGCUGCUGCAGAACCCCUGACUGCCUUCUCACGGUGGUACCUCUAUGCCAUUCAUGGCUAUUUCUGUGAGGUGAUGUUUACGGCUGCCUGGGAGUUUGUGGUCAACUUUAACUGGAAGUUCCCAGGUGUCACCAGUGUCUGGGCACUCUUCAUCUAUGGGACCUCCAUCCUCAUCGUGGAGAAGAUGUACCUGUAUCUGAAAGACAAGUGUAACAUUUUAGUGCGAUGCCUCAUUUACACUCUCUGGACAUACCUUUGGGAGUUUACCACUGGCUUCAUCCUGCGCCAGUUUAACGCCUGCCCUUGGGACUAUUCACAGUUUGAUUUUGACUUCAUGGGCCUCAUCACCCUAGAGUAUGCCAUCCCAUGGUUCUGUGCUGCGUUCAUCAUGGAGCAGCUGGUUAUCAGGAACACCUUGCGCUUGCGAUUUGAUGAAAAUGCUGAGCCAGGGGACCCUACCGCCACAAUCGCCUUGGCCAACGGCCAUGUCAAAACCAAUUGAACAAUAAUCCAAUGCCACACUUAGUGAGAGAGCCCAGCCACAUCCCAGACUGGUCUCAAAGACUGAUACAUCCUGUACGAUACACAAUCCCCUUUAUGAUGGGGGCAUGCAUGGGAUAUAGCAGAAUAAAAAUGGAACCAAUA